GGGAACUGGGCGUCUAUUCACGAAACUUCCGUCUGCUUUCGUCCAUUCCAGCGAAGACGUUAGAACGUUAAGCACGUUAUGAAUAUUCUCCGAUGAAACUUAAACAUAAAAUAGUUAAAAAUGGAUAGUCCUGGUGAAAUUCUUAGCUUAUGUCGACUGUGUUUAGUUAAGGACCAAGUUAAUAUUCCAAUUUUCGAAGAACAAGGUGAUAUUAGGCAGAUUUUUCUGAAAAUAAGUUCCUGUCUACCAGUUACGAUAACUAGGCAUGAUCAGUUACCAAAACGGAUAUGUGAUGCCUGCUCGAAUAAGUUAGAUUUGUUAUACGAAUUCUGGAAUUCUUCCGCGAGUGCUGAAAAGACAUUAUUGUCUUGGUUGGGGCAAGCAGGAGUGGAAGAUGCCGGAGAGAAAAUCAGCGCCGUUGCACAACAAAUUGCGAAACCAGCUGAAACACUGGUUAAAGAAGAGUCUGAAGCCCUCGAUGAGAGUAACUUGAUCAACGAAAGUCGAGAUAGUUUCGAUGAUCAAUCUCUUGAUGAGGGUACCAAAGAUGAGGCUGAGGCGCCGCCUCCGAAACGGGCGCGCCGCACUGCUGCUGUUAAGGCGCAGAUUAAUAUUACUCCAGAAUCCGACGAGGAUGAAGAUGACGACUUUGAUGCGGGAGAAGCCAUGACAAAGAUGGAGGACGAGAGCGAAGAAAGUGAGAGCGAGUUGAAGGAUGACCCGUCUUACUCAGAAUUGCCAGGAACGAGUGCCGAUGACGACCAAGCAGGACCUUCAGGUGUUGGCAAAGAUGGAGUUGAAGCACCGUCAAUAAUCGCUGAUAAUGAUGCAAGGCCAAACCAAUUUGUGUACAGUUGCUGCAAAUGCAAAGCCAAAUUUGACCAGCUUGCAGACCUAACCCGGCAUAUUGUUAAUAGAUGUUCUGAUAAAUGUCCCAGUCCAAUGCUCGCCCGUCAAGUGAAGGGUGGAGGUUUAAAACUUGCAGAGAAAAGUUUGAAAAGAAAAUUGUUCCACGCAGAAACGUUCAAAGCAGAUUCCAAGAGGAAAUCGCUGCUUUCUCAAUAUGUUUCUCCUAUAAAUGUUGAUGUGUCGGCUACCUCAAAGGCCCAAUCUGCCCAAUCUUGUCUUUCUUACCACAAAUCCUUUUCACCAAACAACGAACUGAACAUGCAUUUAUCGAAUGAUUGCAACAUAUUAUCGGUCGUUAAGGAGCCAACUCAUUUGACCAAAGUCAAAGAAAAUAUCUGCAAAUUUUGCCAUUGUAAGUUUAAGAGCUCGUAUUCGUUGAAAACUCAUUUCCUAACAUAUGGUAAGUCUUGCAAGACUGGUAGUCGACACAAGGUCAAUAAGGAAAUGGGGGCUGCUCAGACUAUAAAAGCAACGACCCACGAUAGAACCCAUUUGGUUGAGGAUGAAAUAAGUGUUCAAAGCGCAAUUCACUCAUCUGAUGUUACCAAAAUGAAUCAACCAGAACCCGAGCCGAAAAAUACAUGUGAAAUAAUUGAAACUAUGCAAGUUUCUAGCACCGCAAAUGUAACAGAUCAGGUUAAUGAUAAUCUAGCUUCUGAAACAUCAUGUGAUACUUCCCGAGUGCCAUCCCCAACCUUAAGUGAUACUUCUAAACUGAAAACAUGUAUAUAUUGCCAACAAGCAUUUUGCUUCUAUUAUGAACUCAAAAAGCACAUGUCCAAAGAUUGCCAAAAACUAUCAGCUAUAAGAAAACAAUGCAAACGUACUCUUUUCCAAAAGAACAUCUACAAAUAUUGUAGUGGUAAAUUCACAUCUACUUCCGCUUUGAAAAAUCAGAUGCGGAUAUAUUCCACUAAAUUUGAUAAGAAUGAACAGCGUAGUUUUAACAGUUUGAGAAAGAAAUAUUUCGCAAAGCUUAAGGAUGGUCAAAACCAAAAGGAAAAUAGUUACAAGCAUAAAAGGCGAGCUGCUGUUACAAAUCUUGUAAGGGAUGUUGUUCGAAAUGCACAGGCAACGAUGAAAUCAGCGCCAGUAUUAAUUGCCAGCUGCAUUUCACAAAACGCAGAUGCUGGCGGGUCCUUAGCAAAGGUAACUAUCGCAAGAACUUUGUCAGAUUCGUCAAAAGCUCAGAAGUCAUCUGCAUUAAUGGAAGCUGACUUGAAAUGUUUAGUGGAAUACUCCAAUGAGAAAUUAAUUUCCGAUAAAGAGCAAUCUUCUUUGCACACAUAUACCCAACAAAACCCCAAAACAUUAGUGAUGAGACAGACAGGAAUUUUCGGCAAAUCUCUAGAAACAGACAGUCAUUCAGAUAAAACACCUAAAUUACUUAAUGAUGGCGCUAUCAUUUUACAGCCAGAUCUCGAUAGUUUGAAACCAAAUCAUAAGAAAUCACAGGACAGGAAUUCCGAAAAUAGGCCGAAGGUACUCAAUGAAACCGCUAUUCAACCAACAGCUUCCAAUGGCUUGAAGCCAAACGCUAAAAAGUCCCAGGGAAGUCAUUCAAAAAAAUCAGCAACAGUACUUAGUGAAAGCGCUAAGAUUCAACAACCAGCUUCUAGCAGCUUAAAGCCAAAUGAUAGAAAGUUUCAGGACAGUCAUUCAGAAAAAAUACCCAAAAUUCUUAAUGAAAGCGCUAAGACUCAACAACCAGCUUCUAGUAGCUUGAAGCCAAAUGAAAAAAAGUCUAAGGACAAUAAUUUAGAAAAAAGACUUAACCAAAGCGCUAGGAUUCAACAAUCAUCUUCUAAUAGCUUGAAGCCAAAUGAUAAAACGUCUAAGGACAAUAAUUUAGAAAAAAGACUUAACCAAAGCGCUAGGAUUCAACAAUCAUCUUCUAAUAGCUUGAAGCCAAAUGAUAAAACGUCCCAGGACAUUCAUUCAGAAAAAACACCUAAAACACUGAAUGAAAGCGCUAAGACUCAACAACCAUCUUCUAGUAGCUUGAAGCUAAAUUAUAAAAAGUGUCAGGACGAUAAUUUAGAAAAAACACUUGAAGGACGUAAAGGAAGCGCUAAGAUUCAACAGCCAUCUUCUAAUAGCUUGAAGCCCAAUGAUAAAAAGUCUCAGGACAGUCAUUCAGAAAAAAUACCGAAAAUUCUUAAUGAAAGCGCUAAGACUCAACAACCAUCUUCUAGUAGCUUGAAGCCAAAUGAUAAAAAGUCUCAGGACAAUAAUUUAGAAAAAACGCUUGAAGGACUUAAAGAAAGCGCUAAGAUUCAACAGCCAUCUUCUAAUAGCUUGAAGCCAAAUGAUAAAAAGUCUCAGGCCAGUCAUUCAGAAGAAACACCUAAAAUACCGAAUGGAAGCGCUAAGACUCAACAACCAGCUUCUAGUAGCUUGAAGCCAAUUGUUAAAAAGUCUCAGGACAGUCAUUCAGAAAAAACACCUAAAACACUGAAUGAAAGCGCUAAGACUCAACAACCAUCUUCUAGUAGCUUGAAGCCAAAUUAUAAAAAGUGUCAGGACAGUCAUUCAGAAGAAACACCUAAAAUACUGAAUGGAAGCGCUAAGACUCAACAACCAGCUUCUAGUAGCUUGAAGCCAAAUGAUAAAAAGUCUAAGGAGAAUAAUUUAGAAAAAAGACUUAACCAAAGCGCUAGGAUUCAACAACCAUCUUCUAAUAGCUUGAAGCCAAGUGAUAAAAAGUCUCAGGACAGUCAGUCAGAAAAAACACCUAAAACACUGAAUGAAAGCGCUAAGACUCAACCAUCUUCUAGUAGCUUGAAGCCAAAUGAUAAAAAGCCGCAUAGCAGUCAUUCAGAAAAAACAUCUGACAUACUCAAUAAAGGCGCUAAGCGUCUACAACCCUCUUCGGAUACGUUGAAGCUAAAUGCUAAAAAGUCGCACGUCAGUUCUCUCAUUGUAUCAACUCCAUUAUCUUCCCACGAUCCUUCCGAAGAUAAGGCGGAAACUUCGAAAGCAGCAUUGAAAUGUAGGUUUGUUUGUACUUAUUGCAACCUAAGACAUAUCAGUCAAUCAGAUUUAUCAACUCAUAAGAUGCUCUACUGCAAAAUGGCAACUAUUGCCAAAUUGAAGGCUGUGACGAGUACAUUAAAUUAUGAUACGCAAACAUCUUCUUCUAGAAAAAUUGGGCAUGAAAGCACCAAUCAAUCCCCUAAGAUAUCAGCAUUAGAAGACCGAAACGUGCCAAAACGAUUUCCAGAAAUGGGCUGUAAUUUAGGAAAAACACCUAUGCUGGUUAACGUUAUCAAACCUACCGAAUGCGCUGUGACUGUAAAAUCACCCUUUGAGAGCUUGAAGGCAGAUAACAAUAAGGACCAAAUAUCAAUUGGGUCAAAUAUAACUGGACAAGUUGCAGCAACUAUCUGUGACGGAUCGGAAACCUUUCGUUCUCAGAUCAAUGCUAAUUCUCCAGUUACGUCUUCUAUCAAAAUUGAAGAAGAUUCAGCAGAUACGCCUCCCAAAAGUGUUGAAAAUGCUGUAUCUCUUAAAAUUGAAUCAACCGAUGAAAAUGUAACAACCCUCCGGACAGAUGCAGCUGAACCUAAAGAUGCACCGACAAGUAAAACUCUACUCGUCCCCGUUUCCGAAGUACAUGAUCAACUAAAUACUGAUCCGAUUCCACGUGAAGUUGAAGAAAUUACAGCAGCGGAUAUUGGCAAUUUAAAUGAUGAGAUCAAAUUAGAAAUUGAUGAAAGUAAUUUGUCGAAAUCAGGAAGCGAUAGCAUAACUGUACUGUCAGAGGAAUUGCAAAUUGGCACGGUAAAGUCGGAGCCUGAAGACUUUGAGUUUGAGGCGACACAAAUUGUUGAAAGCGAUUUCAAUACAUUAUUAAAUAAAAUUGCUAUUGAGGACAUACAAAAUCUAACAGCAAAUCUCAAAACUUUAGAACCAAGUGUUGAAACAAACAUCGAUAUCAGCAUGAGCAAAUCUCACACUUUUGAUCAAAGAAUUCACUCAAGAAUCAAAUCAGAAUCUGAUAUUUCUGAAGGAGUUAUUGCUGAAGCAAAUCGUCAAAGGUUUGAACAACCCACGGCAACAGUAAAUGAGACUGAACGUUUAAGCGUGCAAUCACAAGAAAUAAUUGAAUUUAUUGCAGCACGAACUGAGGCAAAAGGAGUCACAGACACUAAAAAUUCAGAAAAAUCGACGAGUCCCACAGGUUCAACACAUCUGGUGGAGGCAAGAAAAACUCCUAUUCUCUUAAAGGAAACUGUUUGCAACAUUUACGGCUGUAUGUUCGAGGAUUCUUUUGACCACGAUAAGGGCGAAACACGUUCAAAAGUUUGUAAGUGUAUGAUCAACCUGCAACUCAAGCAACCUUCGGUUCAGUCUUCUCAAGACCAUCCAGUUGAUGAUGCAAAUCUUAAUAAUGAAUUUGCAAGUCAACUGGAUGUAUUAGAGUUACAACCCAAUAUAUCUAUGGAGUUUGAAAGUGAUUCGGAAGGAAUUCAUCCUGCUAUAACCUGUGACCAGUGCAGUUUGAUUUUCAGCUCCAACAUUGAACUCAAAUUCCAUAAAUGUACAUUUGGUUUCAACAAAGCGCUUGAAACAGUCAGUGAAGUUAGAAACCCAAAACACCGCAUUGAGAAGAACUUGUUUAAAAAUUCUUCAACUACAGAUCAUUCAGAAAUAAAGAAAUCCUCUGAUCCAAAAGAUGUAUUUGAUUUAAGGCAUAAAUUGAAUAAAAAUGCCGCUUAUAAAGCCGUAAAAUUGCCUAGUUUAGUAGAAGCUAAUGCCAAGCAAGCUGGAAGCAACCAAAAGCUAAUAAGACGUGAUGUCGAUCGUUUGGAAGAAACUAAAACACUGACUGGGAAGAGUCCCCUCCCUAAAGCGUCAACUGCAGCGAAUGAAUCUCCAAAUGUACCAAAUACCGAAAAAUCGAAAUCGGAAACCAGCUCGUCAGCUUCUAAGCUUCCUCGGAGAUCUAAUGAAAUAACCAGCAAUAAAUCUAGCAGGUUAUCUCAAACGUCGGUACGAAGCCGAGCCCCAGAUAAAAGCAGUAAACGCAAACCAUCAAUAUACUGUGAGCUAUGUGGAACCACUAUCCGCAAUGUCCUCGAAAUAGACUAUCCGCGUUGUGGACACACAGUCAGCGCCUUUAGAUGUCCAGUAUGUGGAGACCGAUAUCCGAAUAUUAUUAGGUUAAUAGCCCAUAUAGAUUCACAGCACCCAGACAGGAAUAAAGUGAUAGAGAAAGAAAUGCAAACACCACCGUCAAGAGGCACCAAAUAUUACUGUUGUUCUUGUGGAUAUCAGUUUUGUUUUAUUAAGAAUCUAAUGGAUCAUAUGAUAUCCCACCACAAAUUCUUUCACCGUAAUUCUAAUGACACUGUACAUCCACCAAUAAUCUAUCCAGGUGAUCCGACCAUGAAAGGGUUUGCCUGUACUGCCUGUGAUAACUCACUAUUUGCUACCCUUGAAGAACUUUUUCGUCAUGAGGACGUGAGUAAAUCGCAUAAAAAGUACUUUCGUCUAUUUGGGAGUAUUGAAAGUAACUAUCAUCGCAUUGAAGAGCGAAAAUUUGAUUAUGUCUGCUUUGUUUGUGACCUCGGAUUUGUUUCAUUCAGAAGUCUGAGAAUACAUAUGUUGAAGUCUGCGCAUCAUGAUGAGCUAAAUCUGGAAGUUUGGAAGCAGGCUAAGCUGCGAGCUACUCAGGAGAGGCAGGGGCAAUCUAACUCACUGAUUCGUUCGAAUAGACCAUCUGAAGUUAAAGCUACAAGCUUACAAGCUGAGGGGAAAGUCCUUUCGAAUAUAGGCAAGCCUGAUAACCUUAGUCAGUGCCCUAGAGCUUCCUCUGAAAGUAACUUGAAUGAUCGAAAUCUUGAUUUCGAUGAUGAACCAAUUCCCGUCAUAGAUUUAGGUCAAGAUAGCGUGAAUACUACACUGGAAGCUCCCAGCUCAAUUGAGCACGAUUAUCCUAUUAGCAACAAAACGCAGUUAGAAAAUCCUUCAGCAGUUUCAUCGACUCCACAGCUUGUUGGAAGCGUAUGUGCUCUAAAUACUUCUGAUCUUCUCAGCAUCUUGCAAGGUCCUUCUGACACAGAAAUGGAAUCUUGCAAUGUAACUGCAAACGACGUGGAGGUUUUGAUGGCAGAAAUGUAUUCUGGACCAAACCCAAAAGAACAUCAGUGUUUUGGAUGCAGAGAACGUUUUAUAUCGCGAAAAUUGUUGGAAAAACAUGCUUGCAGCGGCCCCUUUUAGAUGUUAUUGCGAUAUAAUUUUCAAGUUGGUUAUAUUAGUAUGCUGAACCAGUGGGUGAAACAGAUCCUAUGUAUUUAGAAUUCAACAAAAUCUAAUUGCGGCGAGCGAACUAUCUUUUUAUUUUAUUAACUCCAAAUGACCGAAUUUUGUUUUUGUGUUUUCAAAGGCAUUAAGUUCGGUUUUUUGUAUUUUAAUAUUUAGGUUAGUGAUUUGACAAGUCCCAUGGUGGGAGUUAGUUAUUAUUAAAUAGUACAUAGUUAUAACUUGUAAAACAUAGAAGAAGCUGGAAUAGCUUGUUUAUAUGAAUUGUGCUUUCAGAGUUGUUGUAAAGUAUUAACAGCAAUAAACAAAUAUAUAACGUUUUACAUAAAACCGUGCCUAGCACAGGUACAUAGUAAAUGUCCUGUUGAAGGAAUCAAAUUUGCCAAAAUACAUUUUUCUGUUGUCAGAUAGCGCAAAACUUACAUUCUUUUAAGAAAAAUAUAUUAUUUUUACACGCUUUCUUUUUAUUAUUUCAACUGUAGGCAUGUGAGGAAACUUUUAAUUCGAAUUGCAAUGAUCGCGUUUCUAUUUU